AUUCGUUUGACGUUUUAAAAAUUCGGGUUUGUGUCGGACACCAUUCGCAGUUUUGUUGAAUUUCAUUGUAAUAAAAAUAUUGAUUGAAAAUGGAGGAAAUUGGCAUCAUAUUGCCUGAAAAGGAUGACCAAGCAACCGACGCAAAGGGUCUUGCUUUUGCUGGUCCACAAUCGUUUGAUGAACUCGAAUCUGAAGAUUUAUACACUAAAUACAAGAAAUUGCAACGCAUGCUGGAGUUCUUGGAAGUGCAAGAAGAGUACAUCAAAGACGAACAAAGGAACCUCAAGAAGGAAUAUUUGCAUGCGCAAGAGGAAGUGAAGCGUAUUCAGUCUGUCCCAUUAGUCAUUGGACAGUUCUUGGAGGCUGUUGAUCAAAAUACUGGAAUAGUGGGCAGCACAACAGGAUCGAACUACUAUGUGCGCAUCUUGUCCACGAUUGACCGCGAGCUGCUGAAGCCGUCUGCGUCGGUGGCGCUCCACAAGCACUCCAAUGCACUAGUAGACGUCCUCCCUCCGGAAGCUGAUAGCUCAAUUUCUAUGUUGCAAGCAGAUGAGAAGCCCGAUGUGCAAUACUCAGACAUUGGUGGUAUGGACACUCAGAAGCAGGAAAUCCGGGAAGCCGUCGAACUGCCUCUGACCCACGUGGAACUGUACAGACAGAUCGGUAUUGAGCCUCCACGAGGUGUGCUCAUGUACGGACCUCCUGGUUGUGGAAAAACUAUGUUGGCGAAGGCUGUGGCGCAUCAUACUACAGCGGCCUUUAUCCGUGUGGUGGGCUCGGAGUUUGUGCAGAAGUACCUGGGUGAGGGCCCGCGGAUGGUGCGAGACGUGUUCCGUCUAGCUAAAGAGAACAGCCCCGCCAUCAUCUUCAUUGAUGAAAUUGAUGCUAUUGCAACGAAAAGAUUUGAUGCCCAAACUGGUGCUGACAGGGAAGUCCAGAGAAUCCUACUGGAACUCUUGAACCAGAUGGAUGGGUUUGAUCAGACCACCAAUGUAAAAGUAAUAAUGGCGACAAAUCGAGCUGACACUCUCGACCCUGCUCUGCUGAGACCUGGUCGUCUGGAUAGAAAAAUUGAGUUCCCACUUCCAGACAGGCGUCAGAAGCGUCUGAUCUUCUCCACCAUCACGGCGAAGAUGAAUCUGUCGGAGGAGGUGGACCUGGAGGAGUUCGUGGCGCGGCCGGACCGCGUGUCGGGCGCCGACAUCAACGCCAUCUGCCAGGAAGCCGGCAUGCACGCCGUGCGCGAGAACAGGUAUAUCGUUUUGCCGAAAGACUUCGAGAAGGGCUACAAAAACAACAUCAAGAAAGAUGAGAGUGAAUAUGAAUUCUAUAAAUAAUCUCUUUAUAUUUGUAUUAAUUACGUGAAUUAUAAAUAACUUUAACCUGAAAAUAAAUUUGAUCUUUAGUAUCAAUAAA